AUGGUAAAGAGGAAGAACAAAGACGAAGAAGAUGAGCACUAUCAGAAGGAGAAGAUCAAAAAGGCUCGCACAGACCUCUCAAACUACGACUUUUUCCAUGACAAGCCCGAGUCNAGUCUGCAACUACACAAUCCUCGCCUUGUUCGACGACUAACAAGAUCCAGGUCGGUAAAGAAAGAUAUCCCCUCGGUACUUGUCUGCAAUGGCGAACAAUACAAUGUCUUCCCACGGAUCCUCGAAAUCUGUUCGUCGUCAUUCUCGCAACGAUGGAUGCAUGUUAUGCACGAAAGCCGCAACUAUGUGAAUCUGGACUCGCUGGACAUCUGUUGUGUUCAGGUUUAUGCCAACUGGGCGAUGGAUCAUGAGAAGCCUGCCCUGAUUGCGAUCAACGACAAUGAAGGAGAUAUCAUGCACGAUGUCAUUGUGUGCUACCUUACAGCACGUAAGCUACGUGCUUAUCUGCUCUGCGAUCUUAUCCUCUCCCAAGCUUGUGAGAUUGGCAAGGAGACAGAGUUGAUCGUACGCCACGCCCAAACCACAAAAACAUAUACCGAGACGAAGAAUCCAGAGGCUGCUCUACGCAGUUUCCUUUCUGCUCUUGUGGCUUAUCAAUGCCACAAUGGCUUGGACAACCCGAUUGCUGGCAGAGACCCACGCCCUGAUAAGCAGCGUGCCAGAUUCGAAGCUUUGCCUGAAGACUUCCGAUUCGAUCUAAUGAACGAGCUGUCCAAGAACACUGCACCUCAGAAUCCCUGCCAUCGACCCAGGAGAUUCCUCAGAGUGGUGGUAUACCACAUGCAGAAGAAAGAAGAGAAGAGAGCGGCUGCAGAGCGAGCUCGUCUGGAGGCAAGGGGUACCGAAGCUUCUCCUCUAUUCGUGGACGAAGAGGACGAGGAAUGA